AUGGACCAGCAACGGCCCCUUUCCCAGAAAUUCCCAGCUGGGCUGGCUGGCGUCCUGAACUCGCCCGAGGAGCACCGCGACUCGGCGUAUUUCUCCAGUACUGACGCAUCGAGUAAACGUGCGAUCUCCCGGAAUCUCUUGAUGGCGUCUCGUGAACCAAUUGGCUUACUCAAAAACGUGUUGCAGACACCUCAGCUGCGUCAGCAAUGGCAACAUGAGCGGUGGGCGUCCAAUGGUUUCGCCGACGUCACCAAGGGAGCGCGGACCCUCGUCGCCUUCGACCGGACGCAGUCGCUCGACUCGGCGCCAAACAGUGCCGGCUUCGCGACUGGGGAUGUUCCGGAGGCUUUGUCGAGGAGGGAGAGCGUAGACAGCAGGAUCAACCAGGGCUUCAACGACAUGAGGCUGGGUAAUUCGCCCUACGCUAGCCACAAUCCCCGAACAACCAGCGUACCCCGGAAGGUCAUCCCGAAGACCAUGAGAAUCGCCCCGGCCAUUACAGGGCCCGCCACAGGCCACAUCGCCCGCGCCGCCGAGCCAACCAAAGGUCAAGCCUGGGCGUUCCCGGAAGAAGAUAGCCAGAGGGUGCCGCCGGCUACCAAUGGUGCCAAUGGGUCGCUGGCCGGCUCGAGGAGAAGCAGCCUCGCCGAGUCAUUUGCCAGCAGCCAAUAUACAACCGAGUCUAGGCUUCCGCCCGGCCAAAGACGGCUAGAAGAGACCGUCAACCCUUACCAAAGAUUGUCCAACGCAUCGGGCGAAUACUCGACGGUGCACCAUCACAGCCUCCAGCACAAGCAGCUGGAUGAUCUGCGAAACGAGGAGGCGGCCGCCCAUGCUGGGGCUCAGCCUUACAGCCGAACGCCGGAACUCCGUGUGAGCCAUAAGCUAGCCGAAAGGAAGCGGAGAACAGAGAUGAAGGAGCUCUUUGACCAAUUGAGAGACCUGAUGCCCCAGGAGAGGGGCUCGAAGGCUUCCAAAUGGGAAAUUCUGACCAAAGCAGAACGAGAUCGACCUGCUGCGGCGGGAUCUAGAACGGAUGCACGGGGCGCCGCAGUCGCGGCCCGGUGGCAGAUCCAUACGCCCAAGACCAGUACGGUCGGCCACGCCCGCCCAGAGCUCCCGCCGCUCCGGUCACUGCAGUCACCCACGGGGCCACCCCAAGGACCCGAAUCGAUGACGGGGGUACAGUAUGAGCCGCCGAGGGUCAACGGCUACCGGCCCGCCGAGCCCACCAGGUUUUAG